AUGAGUUCAAUAUCUCUCCCUCGUCAACAGGUUGUGCAAUUCAAAACAAUCGAUGGCAUCAACCUCGAAGGGUGGUUCUUUGAAGUUAAUGGCCCUGCACCUGCUAUCAUUAUGUCCCACGGUUUCAAUUGUGUCAAAGAAAUGAGCCUUGAAGACACAGCACGCACCUUCCAGUCUGUGGGCUACAAUGUCCUAAUCUACGAUGCCCGUAGUGUUGGAGGCAGCGGUGGCUUACCUAGAAAUCAAAUCAAUCCACACCAGAUGGUCGAGGACGUAUCUGACGUGAUUACCUACGUAGGCAGUCUCCCCAGUGUUGACUCCCGCCGCAUCAUGCUUUGGGGCAUGUCCUUUGGCGCCACAGUCAGCGGUAUUGCAGCCAGCAUAGACCGCCGCGCCGUCGCCGUCCUAAUGGUCUGCCCAAUUUUUAGCAUGGUGCGACCAGACAGACGCAAAGCCGCCUUUGCACUGCUCAUCAGAGACCGCCAGUCACAGCUGCACGGUAAUGAGCCCUUUACCGUCCAGCCAUUCAACAGCAAAGGCGAGAACCCAAUUGGAUUCGCAGGCAGUGGUGGCCCCGGUGGAAAGGAGGGAUACAGACUGAUGAAAGCCGCGGCGGACCGUGGUCAUCCAAAUUUCCGCGACAGAGUCACUUUGCAAAGUUAUCAUAAGAUGGCUCUGUUUCGGCCAAAAGAGCUGUUAGAGGCCCUGGAGGAUGUACCGGUCAUGAUGGUGAUUCCGGAAUUGGAUAAUAUCAGCUCAGCUGAAGACCAAAAAGCGGCGUUCAAGGGAAUUCCGGCCCCGAAAAGAUUGCACUGGGCUAAAGGGGCCGGCCAUAUGUCGAUUCUAACGGGCGAGGGAUCGGGAGAAAUAAUGCAGGCGAUGUUGAAUUUCUUUGAUGAUGCGUUGAGUGGGAGAAUAGAGUAG